AUGUCUCACGACUUCCAGCUCCAGCUCAUCCGCAAGACCUUGGAAGACUUGGGUCAUGCGCCUGUGGCAGACAUGCUAGCCAAGCGGUUGGCUGCAAACAACGAUUCCUCGUCCACGUCCGACCUGUGGGGCAAGUCUGUUGCUGGCGACUACUCACACCCCAAAUCCCAGGGCAUUCUGUCUUCGCUUACCGAAUUGGUCAGUGAUGGUGACUACGAAGGCGCAAUUCGUGCUUUUGAUAGCUGCCACGAUGAGUUUGAUUUUGCCAAUUCCCAUCUUCAGUUGUCUGCUUCCCAAAAGGCCUUGUGCGUCUACUUGGUACACCGCUUUGCAUUCUUGGAAAAGAUCGUUCUCAAGUCGUUCGGUCAAUUGCAAGAUACUCCAGAAUCGCUAAUAAAGCUCUUGCAGAAUGAAGUGACAAACGCCUACAAUUCCGUGGAUUUGACCGCCGCAAGUGCCGAGGCUCCCAAUAUCGCAUCGUUCUUGUCUCGUGAGAAGGAAGCGUCUCUCCUUCUUGCAUUGGUGUUACAGACUCCCUCACCAGAAGACUUAGAAGCUCAGCUUUUUGAUCCCAAGGUCGCAUUGACGGAAUCUCAUGCCUCGCAAGCACGCCUUGCUCUCGAGCCCUCGGCAUUCCUCAAUCGCUUGAGAAACGUACUCUCCCACUUCCUUCACACCAUAUUGUCGGCUGGAUCCAACGAUAAAUCCCGCUCCUCUGCCCAAUGGAGCUAUCAUGACAUUCCCCCCAAUUGCCUUGACAGCUUGAUCCGCAGUGCUACUUUACACAAUUUGCUGAGAUCACUUUAUUACUUGCCUCCUCGCACGGAGCCCUACUUCACAGAUAACUUACCAAUUUCAAUGGUUCUACCCUCGCCGCUCAAUGACGUAAGCAGAGACGACCUCCCAAUCCAUUUACUUCAUACUUUAACAGAUCAUACGGAUGAAGUCUGGUUCACUAAGUUUUCCCCUCUGGGUCGCUUCUUAGCUACAGGCUCUCUAGAUGGGACCUGCAAUAUCUAUGACGUUCAAAAUGGGUUUGCUCAGAUUGCAGAAUUGGACGCUAACGCCGAGGACCAAGAAAGUGUCUUCGCCAGCGGGACUCACAAGCCUGCUCUAGAUAAAAAGAAGGGAAUUAUCUACUUCUGUUGGGAGCCUCAUGAGAGAUACAUCGUCACUUGCUGUCUUGACACUGUAAUCAGAGUCUGGCAUGUGGAGAACAUCACUCAAAGCAAGAGAAUCACUAGAUCCAUGGACGACACCAAACUCACUUCGCUUCUUUGUUGCUUCACACUUGGCGAGCGCAUGCGUACAUGGCCAUGUGAAUUCUUGCCAUACAAGAAAAGUGCCACCCCACAUUUCAUCGUGGGAUCUCCUGAUAAAGUUCUCAAAGUGUUUACGGUCGAAGGAACUGAGGUGCUCGACUUUUACAGUGAUGCGGACGAAUGGCUGGCAGUCCUUGACGAGGAAUCCACUCAGCCAUCAGCACAGAACUUAUCUGGAAUUACGGGGAGUUACAUUCGCUCAGACCCUGACAUCUCUGGAUCAUCCGCCACGGGGAAUGAUACGACCGCUAAUGCUGCUUCUGGAGGCGAUGAAAAAAAUUCCGAUACGUCUCUGCAACAGUUUCACCGUAUCAACGACUUUGCUAUUACAGCAAACGGGAAAGUGCUCAUAACUGCAAACAAUGAUAAGCAGGUAUUCUUCUAUAAAAUACCGGAUCUUUUCGAUCCUGCUGCAACCACUUCUCGCAUUGCUUCGCUAAGUCUCAAUGGCAGAUUGACAUCAUGCACCGUGUCCGCUGAUUUCAAAUAUAUGUUAUUGAGCAUAGCCCCUGAAGAACUACAGCUUUGGGAUAUAUCUCCCUUGGAACAAUAUCAAAGGCCCUUUUUGAAGCAGAAGUUUGUUGGUCAAAGCCAGGCAACCUACAUGGUAAGAUCGUGUUUCGGUUAUCUCAACGUUGCUGAAAACAAGGAAGAAUUGAUCCUUAGUGGUAGUGAUGACGGAAAUAUUUACAUUUGGAAGUUGGAAACCGGUCAGCUUGUCACAAGAAUUCGGGGACACCAUGGGCUCUGUAAUUCCGUGGACUGGAAUAGAUUCUAUAAGCCCGCGGGCCAAGGCAAAGACUACGGCAUGCUUUGGAGUUCAGUGGGAGACGAUAAACUCGUCAAGAUCUGGGGUCCUAAAGCUUCAUAA